GCGAGCGCCUUUGCUCCGCACGAUGGGAUCGUCGGGACGGGCGAUCUCUUAGUUGACUUGGAUCUCUCCAUUUUUUUGCUGCUGUCGAUCGCCGGAAUGCCGGGCGGCGCUGCUUUAUAAGCUGCCCUAUCGCUGCAAAAUAUCCGCGCUCUCGAUCGAUAUCGCAUCGCUCUUCCAUGGAUCCAUUCCUCUAGUAUUGGAUCACAGCAGCAGCAGCAGCAGCGGCGGCGGCGGCAGCUAUGGCGGCGAAUUCCAAUUCCACCUGCAAGCUCGCGUCGACGACCUCCCAUGGCAUCUGGCAGGGCGAUAAUCCCAUCGAGUUCUCGCUAUCGCUCCUCAUUGUCCAGAUUAUCCUCGUCCUCACUGUCACUCGCGUUCUUGGCCUCCUUCUCAAGCCACUGCGGCAACCUCGGGUCAUCGCGGAGAUUAUUGGUGGUGUGCUGCUGGGUCCAUCAGCACUGGGGCGAAACAGCGAUUACUUGGCGAAGAUCUUCACCAAGCAAAGCCUUUCGAUCCUCACCACCUUUGCAAACAUGGGGCUGAUGUUCUUCCUGUUCAUGGUCGGCCUGGAGCUCGAUCUAGCAUCGCUCAAGCGCACCGGCAAGCAGGCCGCCGCCAUCUCCAUCGCUGGGAUCUCUCUCCCAUUCGCGGCGGGAGUCGGGGUCUCGUUCGUGCUCCACAACACCGUCAACCCCGACACGAAGCUCAUCCCCUUCCUGGUUUUCAUGGGGGUGGCGCUCUCCAUCACGGCAUUCCCAGUCCUGGCACGCAUCCUCGCCGAGAGAAGGCUGCUCACCACCGACGUUGGAAAGAUGGCGAUCGCCGCCGCCGCUGCCAACGACGUGGUUGCAUGGAUCUUCCUCGCGCUGGCCGUGGCACUCUCCGGGACGGGACGGAGUCCGGCAGUGGCAGCAUGGAUUCUUCUCUGUGGAGUGGCGUUCGUGCUUGCGAUGUUCUUGUUCGUCAAGCCACUGAUGGCCUGGAUCGCUAGCCGCUCUCCGGCCGACCAGCCAGUCAAGGAGCUCUACGUUUGCAUCGCACUGGGGGGAGUGUUAGUGUCCGGCUUCGUCACGGACUUCAUCGGCAUACACGGCAUUUUUGGAGCUUUCGUGUUUGGGCUUAUCAUCCCUGAGGGACACUUUGCUCACGCACUCAUCGAGAAGAUCGAGGACUUCGUCAACAUUUUGAUGCUGCCCCUCUACUUCGCGGCCAGCGGCCUCCAGACCGACAUUGGCAGCAUCAGCGGAGCCCGCUCGUUUGGACUCUUGGUGCUCGUCAUCGUCACGGCUUGUGGCGGGAAGAUUCUGGGAACUCUGGCCGUGUCAAUGGCGUAUGGGGAGAACUUUCGCAAGGCGUUGACGCUGGGGUUCUUGAUGAACACGAAAGGUCUCGUGGAGCUUAUCGUGCUCAACAUUGGCAAGGAAAGAAAGGUGCUUAACGAGGAGAUGUUUGCGAUCAUGGUGAUUAUGGCGCUGUUCACGACUUUCAUCACGACACCGGUGGUGAUGGCACUCUACAAACCAGCCAGAGACCAGGUACCGUACAAGCGGAGGAAACUCAGCCGUCUCUCACCGAUCGACGAGCAAGGAAACAAGCAGCUCAGGGUGCUGGCCUGCGUCCACGGCAUGAAGAACGUCCCGACAGUGAUGAACUUGAUCGAGUCGAUCCGGGGCAGCAACCGGAAGGAGCUCUUCCGGCUCUACAUCCUCCAGCUGGUGGAGCUCACGGAGCGAUCGUCGGCCAUCAUGAUGGUCCAGAGGGUCCGGCAAGACGGCCUCCCGGUGUCUCGAGCGGGGGGCUCCUCGUUCGCGGUUGUCAACGGGAUCGCGGUAGCGUUUGGAGCUUUCGCGCAGCUCAACAAGGUGACGCUGCGGUCUCUCACCGCGAUCACGGCACUUCCAGACAUGCACGACGACAUCUGCACCACCGCGGCCAACAAGCGAGCAGCGGUCAUCAUCCUCCCGUUCCACAAGUACGCUCGAGCCGAUGGCCUCCUCGAAACCAUGCACCCGGGCUUCCAGACAGUGAACCAGCGUGUUCUCGUCCACGCGCCGUGCUCGGUGGGGAUCCUCAUAGACCGAGGAGCUUCCGCACACCAGAUCUCCUCCAUGAACGUCAACCACAGCGUUGCGGUGUUCUUCUUCGGCGGUCCAGAUGACCGGGAGGCUCUAGCUGUGGGAAUGCGAAUGGCCGAGCAUCCGGGGAUCAAGCUCUCGGUGGUGAAGUUCAUGGUCGAUCAUCAGCAGCACCAGCAGCAAGAACAGCAGCAGCAGCAGCACGUCGUCUCGAUCGACGCUGCCGGCAGUGGCCUCCACGAUCAGCACCACCUUGGUCACAGCGGCAGGCGUUCAUCCGACUUUGCGUCCAUGAUUCCAAGGCUUACCUCGGUCGACACGAGCUACCAUAUCGCGCCAGGAACCAUCGCCAAGGAGGAGAGCGCUCUCGACGAACAGGCAUUGGCGGGGCUCAGGGAAGUCCUAGAAGAACAGAAGGACAAGGAGGAGCGUUGGAUCUUUUUGGAGGAAGUGAACGUGGACGGCGAUCCCAUCCACGCGGUGAUGGGCGUGGCCAGGAAGAACGAGCACGGGCUCCUGAUCGUGGGGAGAGGUCGCCGGCCCAUCGCGGGGAUGGCGUCACUGUCGCGGCGGCAGGCCACGUAUGCGGAGCUGGGCCCAGUUGGCGAUGCGCUGGCAGUCGCGAAUGAAGACGUGGACGAUCGCCACCAUCACCGCGACAGGCAACAGCAGGCCGUGGUUAAGGCGUCGGUGUUGGUGGUCCAGCAGUAUGAUCCGGUGCUCGUGCCUGGUAACCAUGCCGACGUGGGGGCGGCGCCCACGGCCAAGGUCUCGGAGGGAACCAGCCCACAGGACAUUCAGGCUAUCAACCAAGGAAAACACCCAAGUAUACGUUUGGAAAUACCUUUACAGAAUCAAGGACAGCAUAUGCUCGGGAUCAAGCGCCGCCACCCACCGUUCAUCCUGACAGCUGGACAAGUCCCCGGCCGUACGAUGAGCUCUCCGCCACGUGGCAAAAUUAGAGCCGUUAGAUCUCUGGCGCGCGAUGGAGCUCUUUUUCAACGAAAGCGUUUUCUUUCCGACCGUGGAGAGCUCAAAAGCGAGGCCCAGAGUGGAGGAGGAAAGACGAAGAACGCUACGCAUCCAAUCGAUCAAUCCAUGGACGCCGCCAAGAAGCUCUUCGUGGAGGUAUGCAAUGCCACAGAUCUAAUGCCGAAGGACGGGGAGGGAUCCGCGAGCCCCUACUGCGUGCUGGAAUUCGAUGGCCAGCGCCGGCGAACAGAGCCCAAGAGCAAGGAUCUCAAGCCCACCUGGAACACGGUGCUGGAAUUCGCGAUCCAGGGCCCGAUCGACGACAAGGAGAUCGAGAUCACGGUGCUGAGUGACAAGAAGACCGGCGGCAAGCAGCGACCACAGUUCCUGGGCCGCGUGAGGAUCCCAGCCAAGAGCGCCGCCAAGAAAGGCGAGGAAUCCAUCGUCUACUAUCCCUUGGCGAAGAGGAGCUUCUUCUCUCACGUCAAAGGCGAGAUUGGAAUCAAGAUGUGGUGGAGCGACGAGGAACCAGCUCCUCCUCCCGCCGAUGGCGAUGGCGAGAAGAAAGUGGAAGAGGGCGAUGCCAAGAGCGAAGAAGGCGAGAAGAAAACGGAAGAAACAGCCGCCGCCGCGAGCAGCGAUCCCGAGAAGGAGGAGAAAGAUGGAGGAGAUGGCGAUGGAGGGAAUGUGGAGAAGAAGGAAGUGGAAGAGAAGAAGGAAGAAGAAAAGAAAGAAGAGGAGGAGAAGAAAGAGGAUGGCGGCAGUGGCGGCGGCGGCGAUGGAGAGAAGAAAGAAGACGACCCACCAAAGAAAGAAGUGGAAGAAGAAGCUAGCGGCGCCGCUACCACCACCGUGGAAGCAAAGAAAGAAGAAGAAGAGAAGCAUGGCAAUGGCGGCGGCGGUGGUGGCAGUGGCGAUGGAGAAAACACGAAGAUCGCCUCCAGGGCGGCGGAGUUUGUCCGGCCACCGCCGCGGCCAUCGCCACCCACGAUCGUCCCCGCCGGCGAGUUCAUCCUCAAGGAGACCAAACCCAUGAUCGCCACCAAGGCGAUCGGCGACAAGGUGGUCACCUUCGAUCUGGUGGAGAGGAUGCAGUACCUCUUUGUCCGCGUCGUCAAGGCGCGCGCACUGGCAUCCAAGGAUGCCGCCAUCGAUCCCUUCGCCAAGAUCUCGCUGGGAUCGCACACCGCGCGCACCAGAUCCGUGCCCAGCACGCUCUACCCCGAGUGGAACGAGGUGUUCGCGUUUGGCAAGGAGAGGAUGGGCGGCCCAGCGCUGGAGAUCGCGGUGUCCGACGACCGCGAUCCGGAUUCCAGCUUCCUGGGCAGCGUCGUCUUCGAGUUUGCCGAGAUCCCAGUGCGCGUCCCGCCGGACAGCCCGCUAGCGCCGCAGUGGUACCGCCUGGAGCGAAAGAGCCACCAUAGCCAGAGCUCGCCAAGAACAGUCCGAGGUGAUAUAAUGCUGGCGGUGUGGCUGGGCACCCAGGCGGACGAGGCGUUCACCGAGGCGUGGCAAUCGGACUCUGGCGGAUACGCGCACACUCGAUCCAAAGUCUACCUCUCGCCCAAGCUGUGGUACCUCCGCGUGAACGUGAUCGAGGCCCAGGAAGUCCACCUGGAGCGCUUCCAGCCCGAGGUGACAGUCCGAGCUCACCUCGGCUUCCAGGUCCAGCGGACUCGGGUAGCCAGCAACCGUACAACCAGCCCGUUCUGGAACGAGGACCUCCUCUUCGUCGCCGCGGAGCCAUUCGAGGACGAUCUGGUGCUGCGAGUGGAGGAGCGCAAGAGCGGCGGCGAGAAGGAGGAGCACGCGCUGCUGGGGCUCGUCCGGAUCGCGCUCUCCGGCGUGGAGCGCCGGAUCGACCACCGCCAAGUGAGCUCCCGCUGGUACAACCUCGAGAAGCAUAGUGGUGGCGGCGAUGGUAGCGAAGACGAGCAGAAGAAGCAUAGCUUCCAUGGGCGAUUGCAUCUCCGGGUGUGCUUGGAUGGCGGCUACCACGUCCUGGACGAGCCGGUGAAUCACCUGAGCUGCGCGAAUCCAACCGCGAGGCAGCUGUGGAAGGCCGGGGUGGGGAUGCUGGAGCUGGGGAUCAUCCGCGGCAAGGACGUGCUGCCCAUGAAGAACAAGGAGGGGCGGGGGAGUACGGACGCGUACGUGGUGGCCAAGUACGGCUCGAAGUGGGUACGGACUCGUACGGUCAUGGACAGCCUCAACCCCCGGUGGAACGAGCAGUACCGGUGGGACGUGCACGACCCCUGUACGGUGCUUACCAUCGGCGUGUUUGACAACGCCCAGCUCGUGGAUCAUGGCCACCACGAUCACCACCAUCACCAAAACGCCAACCGCGACGCCCGGAUCGGCAAGGUGAGGAUCCGGCUAUCCACCCUGGAGAGCGACCGCGUCUACACGAACCGCUACCCGCUACUCUCGCUCCAGCAGUCGGGCGUAAAGAAGCUGGGCGAGGUGGAGCUCGCCGUACGCUUCACCUCCGCGUCCGUACUCUCCAUGCUCCAGCUCUACUUCCAGCCGCUGCUGCCGCGAAUGCACUACCUCCACCCAUUGGGCGUCACCCAGGCGGAGAUCCUGCGAAUAUCCGCCAUGCGCAUCGUGGCCAUCCGCCUGGCGCGAUCCGAGCCGCCCCUCCGCCAGGAGGUCGUACAGUACAUGCUCGAUACGGACGUCAACGUUUGGUCGCUUCGUCGCAGCAAGGUCAACUACUUCCGCCUCAUGAGCGUGCUGAAUGGGCCAAUGGCGGUCGUACGCUGGAUGGAGAACAUUUGCCACUGGCGCAACCCGGUCACGACCGUACUCGUCCAUAUCUUGUUCCUCAUCCUGGUGUGGUACCCGGAGCUCAUCCUCCCCACGCUCUUCCUCUACAUGUUCUUGAUCGGGCUGUGGCAGUACCGAUCCCGGCCGCGAUCGCCGCCAUCCAUGGAGGCGCGGCUGUCCCAGGCGGAGGUCGUGGAGCCGGACGAGCUGGACGAGGAGUUUGAUCCCAUCCCGAGCGCCAAGGACCCGAAUGUGAUCCGGGCGAGGUAUGAUCGCGUGAGGAUCGUGGCGGCCAGGAUCCAGAAUGUGUUGGGCGAUCUGGCGACGCAGGGGGAGAGGGUCGGGGCGCUCCUGAGCUGGAGGGAUCCCAGGGCGACGGCGAUCUUUGUCACGUUUUCGCUGGUUGUGGCGGUGGUGCUGUACGUGGUGCCCAUCCGGGUGAUCGUGGUCGUGGCGGGGCUGUACGCGAUGAGGCACCCGAGGUUCAGGGACCCGCUGCCGGCGGCGCCGAUCAACUUCUUUCGGCGGCUGCCAUCGCUGGCGGAUCGCAUCCUCUAAAGAAGAUCUGGAGUGGAAGAAAUCUCCCACUUCUCCUGGUAUAGUUCUUACGCACCAGAAAAAGAACUCAUCCUCUGGUGAGACCAGCAGCGAGUGAUCGAAAACAAGGCCAAGCUCGCAGGGAAAGACCGAUCUCAAUGGAACUCUUCAUGGUGCCACCCCGCCACCCCAAUCAUAAUGUGCUUUUUAGGGUUCUUGGGAUGGAAUGCAUAUGGGUCAAGA